GUCCCCACUCGGUAACUCUCGGCCAAUUAGAUGAGGGGCCCUAAUUUAGAGCGCACACUCGUUUUUUAAGUUAGGAGUACUAUUCUUGAUUUUGAUACAAAUUACAAAGCCAAAUCCAUCUAUUUUCUUUUUUUGCUUCGAUUUCUUGAUUUCUUCGAUCGGCCAAAGGAAGCAGCAUUUGCAAUUUUUCUUCAGAUACAGGCUUUGCUUUUCCUUCAGCUGGCUGCGAUGAAGCUUACUGUCAAGACAUUGAAAGGCAGUCACUUUGAUAUUAGGGUUCAGGCCUCCGACACAGUUAUGGCAGUAAAGAAAAACAUUGAAGAUGCACAGGGAAAGGAUAGCUAUCCAUGUGGUCAGCAGUUACUUAUUCAUAACGGUAAAGUAUUGAAAGAUGAGAGCACAUUGACUGAAAACAAUGUUUCUGAAGAUGGAUUUCUUGUUGUCAUGCUUAGCAAGAGUAAAACUGUUGGGUCAUCUGGGACAUCUUCUGCUCAGCCUUCUGCAAUUGGUGUUCCAACUUCGAAUACUACUACACCACCUGAAGUUACUCCUGCAGCACCGGUUCUUAAGACUGUGGCAUCUGCUUCUGAUGCCGCAACAGCGAGAGUUCCCUCUGAUAGUUAUAGUCAAGCUGCUUCACAUUUAGUGGCUGGCAAUAAUCUUGAGCAGACCAUUCAACAUAUUAUGGAUAUGGGCGGCGGAAAUUGGGACAAGGAAGCAGUUACGCGAGCACUUCGCGCUGCUUAUAACAAUCCGGAAAGAGCUAUUGACUAUUUAUAUUCAGGUAUUCCAGAGACAGCUGAAGUGGCCCUACCAGUGUCUCAGAGUGGUGGGGCUGCCACAGCUCAAGGUGCAGUGAAUGUUGUCCCUGGUAUGGGAGGCCCUAAUUCAUCCCCCUUGAAUUUAUUCCCGCAGGAGCAGGUUUCUGGUGCCGCUGGUGUUGGAUCCCUUGAUUUCCUCCGAAACAGCCAACAGUUCCAAGCACUGCGUACAAUGGUUCAAUCUAAUCCGCAAAUCCUGCAGCCCAUGCUUCAGGAGCUGGGAAAGCAAAACCCUAAUCUUUUAAGAACAAUACAGGAGCACCAUCAAGAGUUUCUCCAAUUAAUCAAUGAGCCUGUUGAUGAUUCUGAAGGUGACAUAUUUGAUGAUCAGCCAGACCAGGAUAUGCCACAUACUGUCAGUGUUACGCCAGCUGAGCAGGAGGCAAUUGGGCGGCUGGAGGGCUUGGGCUUUGAUAGAGCUCUUGUUAUUGAGGCGUUUUUAGCAUGUGACCGCAACGAAGAGUUGGCAGCAAACUAUUUACUGGAGCAUUCAGGUGAUUUUGAAGAUUGAGUGAUAAUAGAUUAUUUGCUACAUUCUUUGAGCAGUUUCUCUCGGCGUGUUCUUAAACCAUGGUGAGAUGUAAAAGAGGGAAAUUCUCCUCUUUGUUUACAAUUUCUUACCUAGAGAUGCUAAUGUUGGUUAAGAUAAUUCAGACCUUAAUGGGUAGCUUCUGGUAUGACUAAUUUUGUUGCAAAGCUUUGGUUCUUCUUGUCUUCAUUUGCAACCUGCUCAUCUUUAGGCACAUAAAUAACAGCCAGGAGAUGAGUAGUUGGACUGUAGUUGAGUUUUUUGAGAGGCAGUGUGCACUACUGCAUAACUGCAAAUCUAGUACUUUUUCCUCAUUCUUUUCUAGUGUCA